AAUCCAUAGAACUUAGAAGCGGAAAUUCUCUCCAAUUUUUCUUUUUUUUUAAUUUUUCUUUCUCAUCAAAUCGUUCAUCAAUUCCUGGCAAUUUCCUUCAACGCGUUGACGUAGAAAAACUCCACAAAGAAAAUUAAUUUCUUGAAAAUGUCUUCUCCGCCUUCUUCUCUCAUCUCUCUUGCGUUGUCCGCUGAGAAAACAAGACCCAAACUCUCUCUUAUCUCCAUCUCCAUUGUUUCUAAGUAUUCACUUGUAAGAUGUAACUCCCAUUUCUCAUUUCUUCAUUUUCCUGUAAGUUUCCUCUUUCAUCACAACUGUGGCUAUCUCUUUCAGCAAGCAGAGUUAUACUUAAUCUGCAUUUUUUUUACUUAAUUUUUAUUCUUUGUUGCGGAAAAGUGUAUUUGGGGGAGCUUGCUGAAAAUUAACUGCAGCUUCUUAUGCCUUUGUUUUUGGAUUAAUUUUGCUUCUUGGGUUUGUGAAAAAAAUUGUUCUUGCUUUGUGGGUUUUCAGUUAAGUGGUUGUGCUUUAUGGGUUUUUCAUAUUAGUGGGUAAGCUUCAGUUGGGUAAUUGAAAUAGUGGGUUAUGCUUUCAUGGGGUUGAAAUAGUUGGGAUUGUAAGUUUAUUGUUGAGUCCGAAUUGGAAUUAUAAGAUGGCCAAGCUAUUAAGCAAAAUUUUGCCUGCUGCUCGAUCAACUCCUAAAGAGGAAGAAAAUGAUGAUUAUAAUGAAUAUUCGUGCUCAUUUGCUGUGGUGUACUCUGGCCCUCCAAUCACUCAUGAAAUUCCCCGAGCAGUGCCAGUUGAUGUUAGCCAAAUCCCAAUCGCAGCCAAACUUGCCUCAACCUCACUGUUGAAUGACGUGUCGUUGCCAGUUAUCCAACCUAUUAGACAGUCUAAAUCAUCAGGUAAGAAAACGUCCAAGGAGCCAAAAUUAGGCACAAAUGGGGUCUCGAAUAGCCUUGAUGUGCCAAGGGAAUCAUCCGAUGGGAUAGAUAAAUCGAGUACAUUCGGUUGUGCAGAUGGCAAUGAGUAUGGACCCAAAUUACCUAAUGUUCCAAGUUCUGGCAGAUUGGAAUUUGCAAAUGGUGACAACUGUGGAACAAAGUUAUCUGAUAGAAAAGGAAGCUCUGAUAAAAAGGGAUUUUGUAAUGGCCGUGACAGUUCUGGUGAAUUAUCUGGAAGAUUGCAAGUUCUGGAAUUUUGUGAUGAUUGUAAUGAUGGUGGGAGCGGAGAUUUUCAAAAUUAUAUGAAUCCCACAAACUGUGAAUCAAUAGGAUCUGAUUUAACUUCCCAUUCUGUGUCAUCUGAUAUUUUUUCUGGAAAAGAGGAGGAUUGUGUUGAAUCAACUCCAUGCCAUGUCAAAAGGCCAUCAACUGUAACUUUCCGUGACCCUGAAUCAAGCAGUGUAGUUCUGGAGGAGUCUGAUGUAUCUGAGGUUGAAAGUAACAUCCCUGCAAGGCAAACGGCUGUAAGGCCUGGAAAGAAAGGGACAUGCUAUCGAUGCUUGAAAGGAAAUAGGUUUACUGAGAAGGAGAUUUGCAUUGUGUGUGGUGCAAAGUAUUGUUGUAAGUGCGUGUUGAGAGCAAUGGGAUCAAUGCCAGAAGGAAGAAAAUGUGUAUCUUGCAUUGGUCAAAAAAUCGAUGAGUCAAAACGAAAGACUUUGGGGAAAUGUUCUCGCAUGCUGAAGCAACUGUUGCCUGAGUUGGAAGUUGAACAAGUAAUGAGUUCUGAAAGAUCCUGUGAAGCAAAUCAACUACCACCGGAGCUUGUUUACGUAAAUCGUCAGCGUCUUUCCCCACAGGAGCUAUUCCUAUUGCUGACCUGCCGGUACCCACCAAAAAAGUUAAAACCAGGAUUCUAUUGGUAUGAUAAAGUCUCUGGUUUUUGGGGAAAGGAAGGAAAGAAGCCUUGCCAAAUAAUUAGUCCCCAGUUGAGCAUUGGGGGUCACAUGCAUCAAGACGCAAGUAAAGGAAACACAAAUAUUUUGAUAAAUAAUCGUGAGAUCACCAAAACAGAGUUAUUAAUGCUGCAGAUGAUAGGAGUGAAAUGUGAAGGAACAACUCACUUUUGGGUUAGUGCAGAUGGAUCCUAUCAGGAAGAGGGAAUGAAUAAUGUAAAAGGGAAAAUAUGGGACACGAAAAAAGCAAAGUUAAUUUGCACUGCGUUGUCUUUGCCAACUCCCCCUGGUUCUGCCAGUCCUAGUGGAGAAGAAGGGAAUAGUGUUGCCCCAAAAAGCUUUGACCAGAAAAUACUUUAUAAACUUCUUCUUGUUGGCUAUGGAAAAUCUGGCACUAGUACCAUAUUCAAACAGGCAAAAAUUGUCUACAAUAUUCCAUUUUCUGAAGAUGAGCGUCAAAAUAUUAAGCUCAUGAUCCAAAGUAAUUUAUAUGGUUAUCUGGGUAUAUUGCUUGAGGAGCGUGAACGAUUUGAAGAAGAAAGUUUAAUUAUGAAGAAGCGACAUAUCAUUGACCAAUGUAGUUCUUCAGAUACUGCAGGUCAGGUUGGGGAUAAAACAAUCUAUUCUAUUGGCCCCAGAUUGAAAGCUUUCUCGGAUUGGCUUCUAAAGAUAAUGGUAUCUGGUAAUUUGGAAGCCAUAUUCCCAGCUGCCACCCGUGAAUAUGCACAAUAUGUUGAGGAUUUGUGGAAUGAUGCAGCCAUCCAAGCCACAUAUAGCCGCAGGAAUGAAUUUGAAUCACUACCUAGAUCUGCCACUUAUUUCCUAGAACGGGCUGUUGAGAUUUCAAAGAAAGACUAUGAGCCUUCCGAUAUGGACAUCUUGUAUGCUGAGGGAAUUACAUCAUCUAAAGGGCUUUCUUCCAUGGAGUUUUCAUUUUCUAAGCAAGAUGAAGACAUCUAUGAACAUGACGAGCAUGAUCCUUUGCAGAGGUACCAACUCAUCAGAGUGCACCCAAAAAUCCUUGGAGGAAACUGCAAGUGGUUGGAAAUGUUUGAAGAUGUUGACAUGGUCUUAUUUUGUGUUUCGUUGAUCGACUAUGAUGAGUUUGUUGAAGACAGUAAUGGGGUUUCCAUUAAUAAGAUGAUAGCAAGCAAGAAUCUAUUUGAAAGCAUUGUUACUCAUCCGACGUUUGAAGACAAGAAAUUUCUUCUCAUGCUGAACAAAUUUGAUUUGCUGGAAGAAAAGAUUGAACAGGUUCCACUCACCCGCUGCGAAUGGUUUCAUGACUUCAAUCCAGUGAUUGGUCAUAAUCCCAACGCCUGCAGCACCAGCAGAUCCAGAAACACCAACCCAUCAUUGGCUCAACGCGCAUUCCAAUAUAUCGCAGUUAAGUUUAAGAGAUUGUUCCGUUCUCUGACUGAUGAGAAGCUGUUUGUUUCACCAGUUACAGCAUUGGAACCUGAUAAUGUUAACGAUGCUCUUAGAUAUGCAAAGGAGAUUCUGAACUGGGAACAAGAGGAUCCCAUUGAAGUAUCUUCUGCAAGCCUUGAGGCAACUUCUGCAAGCAUUGAGGCAAGCUCAUCCUGACGAUUCACUGUAUUAUAUUUUCACCUAAACUGCACCAAUGGUCACUAAAAUUAGUUAUUGAAUUUUAUUAUGGUCACAAAAUGAAUUUUUUUGUAAUUAGGCCACUAAAAUUUUAUUUUAUUUUAUUUUUAAUUAAAUCUAGUUGAACAAAUUUCGAUCAUUUGGUGAAUAAAAGUGGCUUUAUUAUAAUAAUAAAAAAAAGUCCAUAUUAGGAUUUUAUUCAACGAUUGAUAGAAAUUUAUUUAAUUAAAUUUAAUAAAAAUAAAAUUAAAAUUUAGUGGCUUAAUUAUAAUAAAUUUGAUUUUUGUGAUCGUAAUAAAAUUCAGUGACUAAUUUAGUGAUAAUCAGUGUAAGUGAUUUACCUGAAUCAAAGAGAUCAGAGUUUCUUGUCAACGGAAAGGGUCUUGAAUCAAAGUUAGAGAGUCGGUUCAAGCCCUUCCCUUGCGAAAUCAACUGGUUCAAACCAGCAAUUUCAAAUCGAAAUUGGCUUAAUUAAAAAUUUUUUUUUUGUUUGUUUAAAUUUAUAUUGAGUUUAUUUUUGAA